AUGGCAAAUUUGCCGAGAGCACCCAAGUCACUCAGACUUGUCUGCAUUUUUGCUGCCAUCGCGGCUUUCUACGUGGGAGCUCUGUUGCCAAGCUCUGCGUUUGCUUCAAGUGCUCCACAGAAGCUCACCAGGCUACCUCGUCAGCAAACUGCACGUCAAGCAGGAUCCGAAGAGACGGCAGUGGUCGCAGCUGCGGAUGCUGCGGCUUCACCACUGCUAGCGCCGCUCAAAGUUGCUAGUCUUGGCAUGGGCUUGCUGAAGCCCAUUUUCGCUGCUGAAGCCAGGCUUCAGGCACUAAUCUAUGACGAGGCAGAAAUACGCGCCAAGAUUCAGGAAGAAGUAAAGUCUGCCCCUGUCGUGGUCUACAGCUAUGGUCUGUCCCCGUUCUGUACAGAGGCAACAAAGCUCCUAGACUCAGUUGGGGCCCAGUACAAAGAAGUCCAGCUGGCUCCAGAGUGGUUCCUGAUGGUUGGGGAGAGCGCUGCCAAGCGUGCAGAGCUGGGGGCCAUGUAUGGUCGAACGAGUAUGCCGCAUAUCUUUGUCGGCGGUGAGAGCAUUGGCGGCUUGAUGGAAGGACCUGGCCUGGUUCCACUUUACGAAUCAGGUGAGCUCAUGACCAAGUUACGGGCUGCAGGUGCUCUUCCCAGCCAGGACAUGAAGCAUAAUUGUGUCUCGCCAUCAGGGGGCUCUCGUGAUGAUGCUGAUGCAUUGGCACAAGAACGUUGA